CUUUUAUUUACUCCAAUGUUUCCAUUUUUGUUUUAUAGGGAAAGUAUUUAAUAGUUGGCUAAAGAUAGUUGCUACUAAAGCUAGAUGGCGCAUGGUGAGGGGUUUGUUCCUUCGAAUGAACUAUCGAUUUGCCAGUUAGCUGAGCGGCAUCUGUAUGAGCCUAAUACUAAUGAAGAGGUCAACCCAGUGAUCAGACAACAGGUGCUCGCACAUGCGGAUUUGAUGCACCAUCCUCGUGGUUGGAAUGUGGGGUCUACUCUUAGUGACUAUUCGUUUCAUCCACUAGCACCUUAUCCUAAACCUGAUCAUGAAGCCUACACCCUAGGGACCAAGAUGGUAGCAAAAGGUCUAGGUUGGGAUGGUCACAUAGUUGAGUAUGUUCCGCAACCCAAAGGCUAUGUUGAGUGGGGCAUUUCUAUAUUGAAUAACCACUCAUUUUGUUUGAAAGGAGAAGCGGAGAACACCGAUUACAUAUAUGGGGCCAUUUAUUGCUCUCUUGGUGAAUAUGAAGUUUUAGAUUCGUUACUGAGGUCACUACUGGAAAGAUGGGAUCCAGAAACAAAUACUUUUCUUUUUUCAUCUGGUGAACGCACUGUGACUCUGCUUGACAUGCUUCUAAUGUCGGGUCUUCCUUCAGUUGGAGAACCAUACGAGGAAUAUGUUCCCUCUAUAGAUGACCUAGAACCUUCAAAGCUUAUGUUCCCAAAUUUCUUAUCUGGCCUUUUAGAAGAAUUCUAUCGGCUCAGCCGCGAAAAUGGAAGUGUGACUUUUCAAAUUUGGUGUGACCAUUUCCAUAACAAACGCGAAUGCACUUCAUCUUUCACCUCCCUUCGGGAACAACACAUGUACGUUGCGGCUUUUAUAGCCCACUGGCUUUGCUCUUACGUGGUUGUUGGUGGGGGCCUUAUAUUCGUCCCGGUGUCCUUCUGAUGGCCUCUUGGAUCGUUUCGAGUCACAAGAUCUCUUUAGCCCCCUCAGCACUUUGUUCAUUGUAUUAUUCUCUUCGAAGGAUCAGUAUGCACUCCGUUGCUCCCUCUUAUGAGAAAAGAAUUUGGCCAAUGCAUUAUAUCGCGGGGUGGCUGGGUCUCUAUUUGAGAAAACCAUUUAAGGACAAAGUGAACGGGAAACAUCUUCCAGAUGUUAAGCAAUUGCCGAUGCAACAAACCAUGGUUAAAACUAUGUUUCAGGUUCCCAUAACUUUCAGUCCUGCUAAGGCACGCAUUUUCCUUGAUGACAGAGCCAAUAUUUUUUGGAAUCCUUAUACUCCAAAGAACUUAGUCGGGGUGGAUCAGUUGCAAAGGUCUUUCACCAUUUCUUCACACCGGGGUAUGCUUCCAUGGAGGCGUGCUACUGAUGUUGAUGAUCUUUGCAUAGCGGAGCCAUAUCAUCCUGAUCGAGUUGCACGACAACUUACUUUGAGACAACAAGUGCCCUAUGCUCCGUUGGUCAGCGUGUACACAAAGAAGGAUACUGGGGUUGCAUAUGCGUAUUGGUCACAUUUGUUACGCUCGGGCCAAGGAGAGUUCCAGUACCUUCUUAAUGAUGCCCAUGAGGCAUUUUCUUCUGUGGCCUGGAACAACUGGUGGGUGGGAUAUAUGAAACCAUUUAACAACAUAUUCAAUACUCUUCGUCCGGGCAUCUCGAAUGGUCUGAAUUAUAAUCCCUGGAAACGUAAUUUUCUGAAACGCGGAGAGGAGUACAUAGUUCCUCGCAAGCUUUCGGAGAAUGAUUUUGUUGUUAUAAAGGAAGUCUCUGCCAGGGGUAAGGCGGAGCAUAUUGCAGCCAUCAAAUUGAAUGUAAGGAGAAUUAUGGACCACUGGGGCCCCAUUUUGUGUGGCUUUCACUCAAAUGAUGAACCUUUAAUCAACUCUAAAAGCUACGGCGAGGAAGAAAGGCUGCCCUUGAAGCGUGAACUUGAUUUCGCCCAAGAAUCCAAUUUUUCUGAACCAAUAACAUUGGAUGGUCCGUCCUUAGAUGUUGAAUUCAGUAACUUUGUUAGUGAUGAAGAUUUUAGCCAUGUUCUCAUGGGAGAAAAGGACCAUGGCCUUGGUGACCUCUUCGAUUUAUCCGUCGAGGAUUGUACCUUUGGCGAGUGUGGCACAAGUCGUCCACCCUCCAGCCCUGGUGUGGCUGAAACUGUGCCCCCUACCCCUAGUGCUCUUGGUCUCCUGUCAACUUCACCUGGUUGCGAACAAGAAAUUCGCCACUCACAAGACCCUGAGGUGAUGGUAGUAUUAGGGAAAGACGCAUAG